GGAGACGUGGCCGCUAGUGCAGCGCGUGGAAUUCGGAACCGACGCUGGACAUGGGGCUGGAGCAUGAGCGCAAGAUGUUGACGGGGUCCGGAGACCCACAGGAGGAAGAGGAGGAGGAAUUAGUAGAUCCCCUAACAAAAGUGAGAGAACAGUGUGAGCAACUGGAGAAAUGUGUAAAGGCUCGGGAGCGAUUAGAGAUGUGUGACCAGUGUGUAUCAUCGAGGUCAAAAACAGAGGAGGAUUGCACUAAGGAGCUCUUUGACUUCUUGCAUGUACGGGACCACUGUGUGGCCCACAAACUCUUCAACAGCCUGAAAUAAAUGUGUAGACUCACUUAACCAGUCUUCAUCACCUGUAUAUCAGGCUAUUUCCUUAUAGUUUUGAACAUGCCAUUUGUUUCUUACUUGAAAAAGUUUGUGUGGACCUCAUGGAUUUGGAGAUAAAGUGUCUCCUGUGUAAUUAGCAGUGAUAUCAACACAAUAAAUUGCAGUGUUGUGCAAAAAUAAA